AUGAAAGAUUUUGGAGAAGCUAAAUUUGUGCUUGGUAUGCAAAUAACUCGCGAUCGAGAAAAAGGAAAGUUAUGGAUAGAUCAACAUACAUACUUAAAGAAUAUUCUCAAGCGAUUCAACAUGGAGGAUUGUAAUCCGGUAUCCACACCCUUUGAUACUAACCAAAGGCUUAUAAAAGAAACACAUCAACAAAGCAAACACGAAACUGAUUACAUGAAAACCGUUCCAUAUCAAGAAGCUAUUGGAAGCAUUUUAUAUGCAGCACAAGUAAGUCGACCAGAUUUUUCCUUUGCAGUGGGGUCUUUAUCAAGAUUUAAUAAUAAUCCUUCAAAAUCUCAUUGGAUAGCGGUUAAACGACUUUUCCGUUAUAUAAAAGAAACAAUAAAUUACAAGCUAGAAUACACUCGAGGCAUUGAACGAUGUUUAGAAGGAUUUUCGGAUGCUAGUGACUCAGAUGACAGAAAAUCAACUACAGUUUAUCUUUUUAAAUACCAAGGAGGACCUAUUUCGCUCUCUCCACCACAGAGGCUGAGUAUAUGGCCUUAG